AAUUAGACGCUGAUUUUUACCAUAUAAAAUUUAUGUCACAUAGUAGACUCGUUGGAGGAAUUUCGAAGUGCGCUUGGGUAGAUUUCCCAUAGAAAAAGGCUCAUUUUUCGUAUUUUGCACUAAGUGCCCUGGAGCCGUUCUUGGAGAUCCCACGCUAAUUAUUUUAGAGAAUUGUAGCCCAAAGAGAGUACUUUCAAGUUCUAAUAAUCAACGCCCCAGACAAUCCAUAUUUUGAGAGAAAGCCUAUUCUAAAAGUCCCCACAUUUAUCAAAAUUCCGUUUUUCACGGGACUGCCCUGAGCAAAUGGAACAGUAUGAAUAGCUGAAACCUUCAGCAGAGAUACAUCUUUUAGUGUCCUAUUAAUAGUAAAAAUUUGAGAGUCAUACAUAAUUCCCAUCAAAAGUUAUGAAGUGCCAAAGUUACCAUCUCAAGUCAUAUUUUUCAAAAAAAUUUCAGGUGUUUUCGAAAAAAUUUAUUUUUCCUCAAAAAGUCUGUUUCUGCAUUAAAAAAAAAAUUUUCAAAAAAAUUUUUUUUUGACCUUUGACCCGGCCACAAGAAUACAUACAUACAUACAUACAUACAAACGCAUUUAAUUUUUUUCAUAUGACCUUCCCUUCAGUCGAGGGAAUAUACCCUUUAAGGGUUUAUGAGAAUCAUAUACCCUUUCAUAUACCCUUCCAAAGGGUUUAUGAAAGGGUUUAUGAAAAGUGUGACACACGAUAAAAAGCGUAUAUUAUUCGUUGCACUUUCAUAAACCCUUAAAGGGUUUAUUAUUGUACGCUUUUUUUUACAGUGUGCUAGUAGUACAAUAAAUCCAAGAAGAAAAAGACCAUGUGUGAAGUGGUCUCAUAGUUUUAGCCAGUACUGUACAGAGUACCAAUGAUAUUCGUAUUGAUCGGCUUCAAACAUACUGUAAGAAUAAUUUUAAAACCGUAUUGAAUAUGGUAUUGAAGCUAUUUCUAUUUAGAUAGUGAUUUAAGAAAAAAGUAAAACUCAAGAUAUCGACAACGAAUUUAUGAAAAACCUUUUGUUUGAAUUCAGGAAAAUGGUCUUUCUAAUUGAUGUAAAUUCCUUUCAUAUACUUAAAAGGAUUGCUAAUCGAAAUGAUAAUCAAGAGGAACACGAUAAUAUAAAUAUCGUGACAGAAGAUAUAUAUGAAGUAAGAAGAAUUUGAAUUUUUUUUUUUUGAAUUCAUGUGACAUUCAUCUCGUACAACCUUAACAUUUGGUUUUUUAUUUAUUGUUUUAGUUGAUUAUGAUAACAAUGAUGAUGAGGAUAUAUUAAACAACAAUGAUUUUGAAUUUUUAUAUGAAGAAGAUUGCGUUGAUGAAGAUUCAGGCGAAUCUAAACCAGAUGAAAAUGGUUUGCCAAUAGAUUAUAAAAAUGCACAACAUCAAAUUUUUUAA